AUGCCGAACGAUCAAUCAUCUCUAACUACUGCGGCCCCCGCUUCGAUAGCCAAAAACCCCGAUGACGUAUGGAAGCGUGCCGAAACAUACCGCUAUUGGAUACCGAUCCAAACUAGAUGGUCGGAUAAUGAUCAAUAUGGACACAUGAACAACGCGUACUACUAUCAUCUCUUUGACACGACGGUCAACAAAUUCCUUAUUGAUAAGUGUGCAGACGAUCGUGGAGUGUCACCGAUGGCUUUUGUGGUAUCUUCAAGUUGCACUUAUCUUGCACCGGUCGGGUUCCCUACUACAUUAUUAGUCGGACUCGCAACACAACACGUGGGGAAAUCGAGCGUGCAUUGGCGACUCGCCCUUUGGCCUGCCCGUUCAGCAGCUAGGCAACCCGGAUCUACCGAAGCAAAUGGAAACGUGACACUCGCUUUGGAGCGUAAUGAAGAAGCUGGCUGUGCCGCCUUUGGUUCUUUUGUCCAUGUUUUCGUCGACUCGGAAUCCCGAUCAAGGGUCGAGAUGAGUCCAACAGUUCGGAAAGCUACCACAGGUCUCUUAUCGGAUCCCCAUAUAGCCUCUUCCUGA